GUUCACUUAAAAGAGCCGGCUGAAAGAGCUGACUCGUUCUUAACGACACAUCACUAGCGGAGAGGAGAUGUCGGUGGUUGGACUCAGAGACAGUAUUAUUGACGUUAUUCCAGCAGGCUGUAAAACAACAGAUAUUUCUCCUCACACAGCCAGCAGUGAACUAUAAUAGAGCAGAGAAUGGGAAGGAGUCAACGCGGUGCCUCCACCGAACACAGACUUCUGCUCUUCAGCUGUAUCUCCAGCAGGAGGAACUAGUAAAGCUUCAGAAACAGCAAGUUAAGAUAGCAGCAGUAUCUAGCAGUAGCUGCCUUUAUUGUGGCCUGCAAACAACCUCCCAGCUAGCAUCUGACGCAUGCACAGAAAGAAAACAUGGUGUACCUGUUAAAUCCUAUAGAGAACCUGAGAAGCUACAUCAACAACCGUCCUCCGCUGGUCAUUUUUAUGAUCAGCGUCAGUGCAGUGGCCAUCGCCUUCCUAACCAUCGGUUACUUCUUCAAGAUUAAAGAGAUCAAGUCUCCAGAGUUCACGGAGGACUGGAACACCUUUCUGCUGCGCUACAACGAGCUGGACUUUUGCGUGUCAGAGAAUGAAACGAUAAAGCACGGUCUGAACGAGUCGACCACGCCAGAGAGCAUGGUCGUGACCAGCGGCCAAGCUCGUUCCAGCACCCAGGUUCCCCUCCUGCUGGACGACUCGGGAACCGUCAACAUCUCAGUCCCCAUCACCCUCACGCUGGACCCCCAGCGCCCGUUUGGAGGCUACUCUCGCAAUAUCACCCACCUGUAUGCCACAGUGCUGGGGCAGCAACUUGGCCUGUCUGGCCGGGAAGCCCAUGAAGAAAUAAACAUCACUUUCACCCUGCCUGUAUCCUGGAACUCAGACGAGUGUGUGCUGCACGGCCACUGCGAGCAGGUGGUGUUCAGCACUUGCAUGACCAUCACGGCGGCCAGCAAUAUCUUCCCAGUCACAGUGCAGCCGCCACACUGCGUGCCAGAGACGUACAACAACGCCACGUCUUGGUACAAAGUGUUCACCACAGUCCGCGACUCCGACACCAAGUACAGCCAGGACUACAACCCCUUCUGGUGUUACAAAGGAGCCAUCGGCAAGUUGUACCACGCACUCAACCCAAAGCUCACGGUCAUCGUUCCUGAUGACGACCGUUCCCUCAUCAACCUGCACCUGAUGCACACAAGCUACUUCCUGUUUGUCAUGGUCAUCACGAUGUUCUGCUAUGCAGUCAUCAAAGGGCGGCCUGGCAAAGUACGGCAAACCAACCCCGACUUCUGCCCUGAGAAGGUACAACAGUCACCAGCAGUGCUAUAUGACGAGAACAGGUGGCGUUGUCAGAGGGUUAAAAAGACAUCCGAGAGCUAUGUCAGAACUUACCUGUAACAUGGACAAACUCAAAGAAACAGAAGAAGUAUAAAUAAACAUACCAGUUGCCUAGUGAAACCCUGGAAGUACAAUAAGGGACACAAAAGCUCUGUGAAUGCAUUACUCUUGCAAUGUUGGGUUUUUCCAACCAAAGAUAUACAAGUGCCUGUAUCUGUCGUGUAAAUAUUUGUAGGAAAUCUGAUAUUCUGUGCAAAACCGUUUUCUUUUAUUAUUAUUAUUAUUAUUUCUGCCUGAGUCCCCGUGUGCCAUGUCAGAACAUGCAGUACAUAAACAAAAGCAGAAGGCCAGACCCAAGAACGACACAGCCGUUAUUUCUAUUCGCUCUCAUUUACCAAGCAAGAUAGACAAACCACAGAGAACAAGAAAUAUUGGCAUUUAUCAAAACAAAGAGUAUCUUCUCUCUGAGAAAUCAUGAUGUUUAGUCACUUGAAAUGUGUUUAAGUGAACUAAAUACGCUUGAAUAGUCAGUUUGUCACUGCAGCUUCAACAGAGAAGAGAAUGAAUUUAGCUCUUUUCUCUGCACCAGACCCGACAGUGGAAAAGUCUGAUCACAAUUUGGACAUUGCACAAAAAAAUCUGCUCAAAAGUAGUUUAUUUAAUUGAAUUAUAUGUUCCCCUGUGUGUCUGCAAUGUCAAUUAAAGCAGAGUUAAGUAUUUAGAUGAUUGCACUGUGCACAUUAAAGGUGCAGUGUGUAGGAUUUGGCGGCAUUUGACGAGUUGGGAGUGAGAAUGCGUUGAUUUGGUUUGUCCGUUUGUCCGACUCCGUGAAGAGGACCCGCUCCCUAUGUAGAUAUAAACGGCGAUUCUUAUUUUCAGGUGAUUAUACACUAAAGAAAACAUGAAUAUUAUCUUCCAUUUCUGCUAAUAGAUCCCCCUAAAUGCUACGCACUGUUAUACAGAACCAACAGUAAAGUUAAUGGGUCCCCUGUUAGGCUUAUCAGUCAUUUGAAUGGCAGUUCAAUAAGCUGUGGAACUUCCUGUGGUCUGUGUUGAAGAGUUAAGAUGUUGUCUCACUUUAAAAACAUGAUUUUCUGCCUUUUGUUUUCCUUACUCUGUGGCUUCAUCGCUCACCUGCCUCUCGUCUUUUAUUUGCUGACUUAAUGUUCAAUACCUGGAUGAAGCAAAACGUUAUGUUGCCUUACCUUCGGUGGACUUGCUCGCGCGAAAACAUGACGGGGGAGAGAUCACCGUCUCUCUUUCCAACAUGAACUCGCCGGUCCUACUUCUUCCACAGCCAUCCUUCUCUUCUUUUUGUUUUGUUUUUUCUUCCAGUAUGACGAGCCUGUGGUUUGAAAUCAAACUUGUGAUCUUUGUCCUAUUAAUGUAAUUUUACUUGUGCUUUAUUUUAAAUCAUUAUCAGUUGCACGUGUUUGCAUAGUUUAGAUUUCUUGCACAUUUUGUGUUAUUUGCUCCUGUGA